GGACCGUCGUAAAUGAGCUGCAACUGUCGUUACUCUCGGAGCUAGCACAAGCUAAACUGCGUAAUUUCACGCAAGAUGUCGACGAGCGUGAACAGGAACAUUAGUCCAGUCACCGCGUAGUUAUUUAUCUGUUUAAGACAAUCCUCUCAAAGCUGCGGUGGGAACAACAGCGUCUCUUCUGCGCUACAGGAAGUGUAUUAUUAAAAUGAACCGACUGUUAGCUACGAGGCUAACCGAGCAGCACAGCGUUGAGCGUGUUUGCUAGCGAGCUCAUCGACCUGUGGAUGAAGUGAACACACUGACAGCCAACAUGGCCGAGUCGGCCCCUCUCUCGGGGGUUAAUGUCGUUUUGGUCAUGGCCUAUGGAAGUCUGGUGUUUGUGUUGUUGUUUAUCUUCGUCAAGAGGCAAAUCAUGCGGUUUGCAAUGAGAUCCCGGCGGGGACCCCACGCACCCAUCGGCCACAACGCACCCAAGGGUCUGAAGGAGAAGAUCGACUCCAGGCUCUCCAAAGUGCAGGAGAUCUGCUUCGAGCCUCGUCUCCUGUCGGAAGAAGAUGACAGACUGAAGCAGGGAUUACAGAUCAGCUGCUACAACUACCUGUUCAGAAUGAAAGCGCUGGAUGCCAUCCGUGACUCAGGAAUUCCUCUGCAGGAGAUAAGCCGCAGUCCCAGUGCGUUUACAGGACGCAACUUCAGGAGCUGGCUGCUGGAGCUGCGCAACUCCCACUCUCUGAUAAAGAGCAGCCACAGCGCGCUGAUCGACCGCCUGCUCGAGGGCUACGACAGCGCUCGCCACGGAACUGGGGUGUUUGGGGAAGCCGAGUUUCUGGAAUACCAGCAGGCUCUUGACGAACUCACGGAUGUGGUGAAGGCCUAUUCCAGCACCACCAGUCUGGACCAGCAUCACCAGUCGGCAGCCAAGGACCUGACGGGGUCUCCCGUUCGCAGCACCCCCUCCACCAUCCAGGUCACCUACCUGCCCUCCACCGGCCAGCGCAGCAAGAGGCCCAAACACUUCCUGGAGCUCAAAAGCUUCAAAGACAAUUACAACACGCUGGAGAGCACGUUGUGAGACACGCUGGUGUGGUGUGUGAGCUCAAUGGUGACACAGCCUACUGGGAAGCAAGUACUGGGAACAGACUCUAACUUUAGUUUUAAAAGUGAGCUGUGGUAUUUUCAAAGCUUCCCCACAAUCCUACAAUGAGGUCUGAACGACAAAAAUACUUUUUUCAGAAAAAUAUGUCAAGUCAAACAAUUGUUCAAAUCUUGCAGUCACAAGAUUUACUUCCUCUCAUUGUGAUGAUGCACGCGUUACACCAAAGUCUUUUAUUUUGGAACUGAUGAGUGUGUGCAGAGGACAAACAUGAUUGUAGCUCACAUGGCAAGAUUUUCAUUGUCACUUUUGUAGAAAAUACAAAUCACCUGGAUUCAUUUGUAUUUGUAUUUUUCAUCAACAGCCCAACUGUAAAAAAUGAAUGUACCAUUUGUUGUGUUUUUGGACAUGUAAGAUAUAUAUAUGGACGGGUAUUUAAUUGAUACUGUGUGAUUUUUGUAUUUAUGUGAGGUUGUUUACUUUGUGGUUUGAGAUAAAAAAAACAAAACAUCUUAAAUACA